AGAACAAGCGAGUCAAGUCAGUUGCUGGCUGAGUAUCUUUGUUGCGGUGAACAUAAUUCGUCGGUCGUGACCGAUACUUCUCUUGCGUACUUUCUUCUGUCUGUUUUUAGUGUAUUUUUACGACAAGUACGUAUAAUCUGUCUUCCUUUUGAUUCUAAAUAAUUCGAAGGAUUUUUACACGUUUAAUUAACGAUCGAUAGAAAUAAACAAUGCAGGCUAACGGUGAGAAUGUCGGUUCUGAAAAUACAAAUGAAAAAUCUGGAUGGACGGUUGGUUUAAUAAAUGGAAAGUUUAAGUAUCUCACAGCUGAAACUUUUGGAUUUAAAAUUAAUGCAAAUGGUUCAAGUUUGAAGAAAAAACAAUUAUGGAUUUUAGAAGGUAGUGAACAGCAAGUUUUUCUUCGAUCUCAUUUAGAUCGUUAUUUAGCAGUGGAUCAGUUUGGAAAUGUUACUUGUGAGGCAGAAGAUCCUAGUGAUCCUGGUUGUGCUUUUCAAAUACAGUUAGCUUCUGAUGGAAGUGGUAGAUGGGCUCUAAAGAAUAUUCAAAGAGGAUAUUUCUUGGGUUCUAGUCAAGAUGAACUUAAAUGUAUAGCCAAAGCACCAAGUGAAGCAGAAUAUUGGCUAGUACAUCUUGCUGCUAGACCUCAAGUAAAUUUAAAAUCUGCUGGAAGAAAACGAUUUGCUCACUUAAGUGCAACACAAGAUGAAAUUCAUGUAGAUGCGCCAGUUCCUUGGGGAGAAGAUACACUCUUUACUUUAGAAUUUCGUCCUGCUUCGAUAGAAGAUAAUGGCGAAGAACAUUCUAAAUUUGAGGGUGGUCAUUAUGCUUUACACACUUGUAAUAACAAAUAUUUAGCACGAGAUGGUAAACUUUUAGAUUCUUGUACACGAGAUUGUCUUUAUGCUGCUGAGUUUCAUGCUGGAUUACUAGCACUCAGGGAUCUGUAUGGAGCAUAUUUGGCACCUAUUGGAAGUAAAGCUGUUUUAAAAUCAAGAUCAACAACUGUAACUCGAGAUGAGUUAUUUUCUUUAGAAGAAUCAUUACCGCAAGCUUCUUUUGUUGCUGCUUUAAAUCAACGUUAUGUAUCUGUGAAACAAGGCGUUGAUGUGACUGCUAAUCAAGAUGAAAUUUCUGGACAUGAAACUUUCCAAUUAGAAUUUGAUCGUGUAACUAAAAGAUGGUAUGUUCGUACCAUGCAAGAUCGUUACUGGAGUCUUGAAGCAGGAGGAGGAAUUCAAGCAUCGGAACACAAACGUUCUUCUAAUGCUUUGUUUGAUUUGAUUUGGCAAUCGGAAGAUGGAACAGUAGCUUUACGUGCUAACAAUGGCAAAUUUUUAGCAACAAAGCGUUCUGGUCAUCUUUAUGCUAAUGCAGAAUCUGUAAAUGGAUUGGAUUCAGAUGCUAGCAAAUAUUAUUUUUAUUUGAUGAAUAGACCUGUCUUAGUAUUACGUUGUGAACAAGGAUUUGUGGGACCUAAAAGUUCAGCCAGUUCAAAAUUAGAAUGCAACAAAGCUAUUUACGAAACUAUCAGAGUCGAAAGAUGUGAUCGUGGAAUUGUUAGAUUUAAAGGUCAAAAUGGUAAAUACUGGCAUGCAGAUAGCGAAGGAGUAACCGUAGAUUCCGAUAUAUCUUCUGAUGGCUUUUAUUUAGAAUUACGAGAACCUUCUCGUAUUUGUAUUAAGCAUACCGAUGGAAGAUAUCUAACUGCAGGAAAAAAUGGAGCAUUGCGUCUCGGAGAAACAGAUUAUGAAUCUGCUACAAAGUGGGAAUUUUAAUUGAUUAAAUAAUCAUGUCUAUGCUAUGUUCAUUUAAAACUUUAUUCAAGCAAUUUACUUUUUAUAUUUAAAAAGACGUUACAUGUAAUAGAUAUAAAUACUCAAAAAGUUUUAGUAAAAACAAUCUAGAAAACGUAUUUAAUUUGAAUGAUUUAUUGAAGAAUUUAAUAAUUUAUAUUUUUUGAUUAUAUUCUAAGUAUCAGAAAUGGAAAAAAAAAGAAAUAUACAAAUGUUGGAUUAAAUUUUUAAAUGAACAUAGCUAAAAUUUUGCCCUUUUUAUAGCUUCGAAUGUAAUCUAAUAUAAUAUUUACAAGUACGGAAAAAGCUCCUAUCGAGUACUUAAUUAGAAGUACAUCGUCGAAUUAAUUUUUUACGAUUCUUUUAUACUUCUAACUACGAUUUUUCUAUUCAUAAAAUACCGAAUAAGACUGAUCAUUCGCAUAUUUACAGAAUAAUUAGCGGUUAUUACAUCGUAUUCUAAUAAUUUAAAAAAAAAAAAUUAAUAUUUUUCAUUGUUUUUUCAUCAUAGAAUAAUUGAAUAUUUGUUGAAUUAUACUUUCUUUAAUUUAAUAUAUUACUUGAGA